CGGAAAGGUAGCUAUAAAUGAAGACGAAAAACACUUACGCCUGAUCAAUUGCUUUUCCUUGCGUAGCAACACAACAUGGAGAUACCAGCCACACAGACGGCCGUUCAGGUCACGGCCUUCGGGUUUGACAAUUUUAAGGUUGCGCAAACCCCGGUGCCCUCACCUGGCAAUGGCGAGGUGCUGGUCCGCAUCAGUGUCCGGCCCCUCAACCCAUCCGACGUCUUCUGCGUGCUAGGGGUCUACCCCGGUUACAAGCCCAAGGGCUUCCCCGCGGUCCUUGGUCUCGAGGGCACGGGCCAGGUCGCCAAGCUGGGCCCCGGCUGCAGCGGGCGGCUGGCUGAGGGUCAGCGUGUAGUGGCGGUCAACUGGCGCCAGGCGGCGGAGGGCAACGGCACCUGGCAGCAGUUCCUGGUUGCACGGGAGGAGGACCUGGUUCCUGUCCCUGACGACCUAUCCGAUGAGGCCGCCUGCCAGGCGCUCAUCAACCCCGUGCCAGUCAUCGGCAUGUUCCAGGACCUGGCUGCGCCCCAGGGCGAGUAUGUGAUCAUCACCGCUGCCGGCUCCGCGCUGGGUCGCAUGGCGCUGCGCUACGCGCGCCACAUCGGCGUCAAGACCAUUGCCACCUGCCGACGGGCGGAGCAGGUUUCGGAGCUGAAGGAAGCAGGUGCCGACGAGGUCUUCGUCCUCACCUCGGAUGCUGACUCGGAGGCCAUGGCCGCCCGGGUUUCGGAGCUCACAGGCGGCAAGGGCGCCUGGGGGGCGAUGGACAGCGUUGCCGGCCGCAGCCCGCUGCUGGUGGCGCCCAGUGUGCGGCAGGGGGGCUCCAUCAUCGUGUACGGCGCCAUGAGUGAGCCGGGCGUGGAGUGGCACGUGGGGCAGGCGCUGUUCCGCAUGGUGGCGUUGAAGGGUUUCUGGCUGGUACCCUGGCUUGAUGCCCAGCCCAUUGAGGCCCAACGGGAGAUGAUCUCCAAGGUUUUGCAGCUCAUGAAGGAGGGGGUGCUGCCGCCUGCAAAGGUGGACGUACGGCCUCUGGAGGAGGUGGCUGCGGCGCUCCGAGACCAGGGCCAGGUGGGCCGUACGGACAAGAUCGUACUGCGGGGCUAGAUGAGGAUGUACGGCAUUGCGAUGAUACAGAUCUUGGAAGAGGGCAUGGCAAUGGAAGAAGCAGAGAGAGAAGUUAUGAGCGACAAUGUGAGGCGGGGCUGGAUGAGGCGUGGAAGCAGGAGAGGCCAGUUCACGUAACAUGGAGGGAAAGACAGAUGAAAAGGAGAUUGCGGGCUUUUGGCUAUAUGUGAUGCUGUGGCAUUCAAGAAGCAUGUAGUCGAGUGUUUCUGUUGUGUUUGCCCAUGAAAUCAUCUGUGCAGUUUGAGUGGUCGGACGAAUAGUGUCGG